ACAUCAGAGUUCAGCGAUGCUAGCAGCAGUGACUCUCGUUUGUUUGGUGCUCGUCACAGUGUACGGAAGUGUUCUUCCAGAUGGUGCCGCACCUUCACCGACACUUCCACGAUUACGCUAUGGGCUGCCUUCCCAAACAUCUUUGAGUGGUCGUCGCAUUGUGGGUGGCGUUCGCAUUGAUAUCGCCAAAGCACCCUAUCAAGUGUCUCUACAGUACCGUGGAAGACACAUUUGUGGAGGAUCUAUUAUUUCCAAAGCAUGGGUCCUUACCGCGGCCCAUUGUACCGACGGUGCGUCUGGAUCCGAUCUCACCGUUAGGGUUGGUUCAUCCCAACAUGCCUCCGGAGGCAAAUUGUUUAAGGUCGGAAGUAUUAACCAGCAUCAACAGUUCAACCGCUUUACUUUCGACUAUGACUACGCUGUACUUCGUGUUCAAUUUGAGGGCAAUGUUCGGAUAAUCGCAUUACCUGAAAGAUACGAACACGUGAAGGAUGGUACGGUGUGCAUGGUAUCUGGCUGGGGAACUACACAGAACGUUUUCGAGUCUCGAGACGAUCUACGAGCGGCAGAUGUAUCGAUUGUGAACCCGACGAAAUGUAACGAUAUAUAUAAGUACUUCGGUGGUGUAACAGGUCGCAUGAUUUGCGCUGAAUACCCAGGUAGAGAUUCCUGCCAGGGAGACUCAGGGGGUCCACUCGUCGCAAAUAAUAAACUGGUGGGAAUUGUAUCGUGGGGUGUAGGUUGUGCCCAACCCAACUAUCCCGGUGUGUACUCCAAAGUGGCGGAAGCCCGUGACUGGAUCCGAAUCAACACUGGUGUCUGAAUCAUUUUGCUUUCUUACAAAACCCAUCACGCAAAUUGAUAAUGGAUAACCAUUGGAAAAUGUUUCUGAUUUAGUAAUACACAGAAAGCGAUUAUUAAAUCAAGAUAUUCGAAAUGAGAAUGACGAAUAAAGUAAGUGUUUGAUUUGAA